AAAAAACCUUGAGAGGGAGCUCCAAGAAGAUGACACAGCUCAAAAUAAAAAUGAGCAAUCAGUACAACCAAGUCAUCGUUAUAAGGCAUCGCCCUCUUUUGCCCACCCCCCCAGCACCAGGUGUGGCCACUAGCCUAUAUGAAGGCCCAAAAUUGUGUGUUCCUUUCUGCUCUGACAAUGGCAUGCCCAUUCGUGCGAGAUGUGGUGGAUGAAGAAGCACUUGUGCUGAGGAGAGCCUUCAGGCGAGAAAGGGUCUUCAGGGACCGGUUGGACCCACUGGCCUUCCCUGAUGACCAUCUAUAUGAAAGAUACAGGUUUUCUGCAGAUGGCAUCAGGUAUCUAUGCAGACUACUGGGUCCCAGGAUUAAGCACCGCACUGCACGGAGCCAUGCACUGAGUGUGGAGCAAAUGGUUUGUGUGGCCUUGCGCUUUUUUGCUAGUAGAGCCUUCCUGUACUCAGUGGGGGAUGCAGAACAGCUGAACAAGGCCACAAUUUGCCGCACAAUAAGGAGUGUGUGUCUGGCUAUCAAAGCAUUAGCAGAUGUCUUCAUCUCCUUCCCUGGCCACAGAAGACUCUGUGACAUCAAAGAGGAGUUAUAUAGGAUUGCAGGUUUCCCCAAUGUCAUUGGUGCAGUGGACUGCACACACAUAAGGAUAAAAGCCCCCUCAGGUGCCCAUGAGGCCGAUUUUGUGAAUAGGAAAUCCUUUCACAGCAUUAAUGUUCAGAUGGUCUGCAAUGCUGACUGUGUGAUCAGCAAUGUUGUGGCAAAAUGGCCUGGCUCAGUCCAUGACUCCAGAAUCUUUCGGGCCUCUGAAAUCUAUCAGUGCCUAUCACAAGGUGAAUUCUCUGGUGUGUUGCUGGGAGACAGGGGUAUGGCUGCCAGCCUUUUCUCCUGA